CUCGUCGAAGAAGAGCAACUUCGCCAUGCUGUUCCAGUCGAUUGCCUUGGUUGCCUUCACUGCCGUAUCACCAUGCCGUUCCAUUCGAUCUGUUUAGCUCGAGCACCUUCGCAACUUUGCCAUGUCAUUCCGCUCGAGAUCUGGAAAUCAGCGAGGGUGAGAUCGGGAGAUUGGGAGGGAGGAGACUGGAAGGAGAAGUACACGGUAGUAAAAUUUUUCCCAAACGAGAUGCCGGACGCGGGGUUGACGUUUAGGAUGAAUUGAAGAUGCCGGACGAAGGGUUGACGUUUAGGAUUAAAUCAUUCGAACAACCAGUACAAUAAACACAAAAUCUUGAAACUGGCCCCAAUUAAUAUAAAAAACCCAAGCGGACGCAACAGUUAGGUUGCGUUUUCGAAAAGACACCGCCGUAGCCUCGAUUUAAACCCAACACAUCGAGCGCCUCUUUGUUUCCAUGCUGAUUUAUCCCUCCGUCCUCACACCGCCGGCGUACUCCAGGAGCACAAAUCGCCGCCACCUUGUUUAUUUUUUCCGCCGCAAAUUUUCAAUUUUCUACAGAAAUCACCUUACUCCAUCACCAAUCCCCUUAACUCGAAUUAUGAGCUCUCUUGACGCCAGCAGACAUCGCGCCUUCCAGCUACGGCAGAACCCGCUAACAGGAGAAUCGGAAUGGAUCGUCAUCGACGAGGAAGAUGAAGAUAGUGUUGAUGUGACGGCACUUUCUGCUUCACGCUCCGUUCUUGCUGCCACUUCCUACCUCGACAUGCUCAACGACUCUCGCCGUAAUCGUGCUUUCCGGCUUGCUAUCGAGAAAACCAUUACGGAUCCCUGCCAUGUUCUGGACAUUGGUGCUGGGACGGGCUUAUUGUCAAUGAUGGCAGCUCGAGCAAUGAUGGGGAGUCCUGCACGAGGGAAGGCGAUGGUUUCCGCGUGCGAAUAUUAUCUUCCCAUGGGCAAACUAAUGCAAAAAAUUCUUCGAACUAACGGAAUGGAUAGGAUGGUGAAAUUGUUUCAUAAGCGCUCCGAUGAGCUUCAAGUUGGAGAAGACUUAGACUGUCGUGCUUCUGUGCUGGUUAGUGAAAUUCUGGACUCUGAGUUGCUAGGUGAAGGAUUGAUAUCAACACUACAACAUGCACAUGAUAUGCUGCUGACUACUAAUGCAAAAACUGUUCCAUAUCGCGCCACCACUUAUGGCCAGCUAGUUGAAAGUACUUUCUUGUGGAAGCUAAAUGACUUGCAUGGCAAUGAAGUUAGAGCAUCAGAUGGAAUCUAUCUUUCUCCUGCUGGGUUAGAGAAGAUAGUACAUGUAAAACUGCAGCAGUAUGCUAUGCAUUUUAAUUCACUCUGCAAUGAGAUACGUCUGCUGUCAGAACCUUUCAAAAUUUUUGUAUUUGAUUUUUGGAGACGCCCAGAUAGUCAUGGAGAAACUGAAAUGUGGAUAAAGCCAACAGAUGAUGGAAAAGUUCAUGCUGUAGUGACGUGGUGGGUGCUUCAACUUGACCGCGAAGGAUCAAUAUUUUACUCAACGGCACCUAAUUGGAUUGGCUCUUCUAAAUCUGAAGGUGUUGACUAUUGGUGCGAUCAUUGGAGACAGUGCGUUUGGUUCAUUCCAGGUGAAGGAGUGUCCGUGUCCCGGGAUAGAAAUAUUUUCUUCAAAGCUGUCCAUAAUGUUACCAAUGUUUCAUACAUUCUCAGCAGUGAUAAAAAAACUGCCCGCAGUUCUUUCCAUUCCCAUGACUCUCAUCUUUCUCUAUCACCGGAGCGUAUUGGAAUUUAUGGAGAAAAGGAUUUGAGAUCUGCAUUUCUGAUAGCAGUCAAGAAUGCUUUACAACGAGUAAGAGAAGCUCCAUUGUGUGUUGUUGCUGAUGAUAGCAUUUUAUUAACUGUACUUGCUGCAACUCUCUCUGAAACUUCAAAAGUUAUCUCAAGCCUUCAUGGGUUCCAAGAGAAAGGAUAUGCUUACAUUCAAGCUGUUUCUGUUGCCAAUGGUUUUUCGAUGGAUCGCAUACAUGUUCUCAAUAAAAGAGUAUCAUCCCGGCUACUAGAUGAUAGCUUACGGAAGAGGAACAUGAAACGAAGAAUCAAAGAAGAAGAAAUGAAGGGUCAGGCAACCAGAGGAAGAGGAAAGGGGAGGGGGUGGGGUAAAUGGAUGAAAAGGAGGAGAAGCGUUAAGGUCAGGAAGUUCGCACGUAUGAGGGAGUUGAGGCUUGCCUCAGAGUUGAAUGACAAUGUCAAGGGAAGCGAAAUUGGGUUCUUGGGAUCGUGUGGGUGGCUAGGGCAAAGAGCGCUUCAGCAUGGUUUGAUGGAGAUUUCAGAACCAGGAAUCUGUCAUGGUUUGGUGCUUUGGAUCGACUGGGUACUCGAUGAAGAGAAUUCUAUAGUUAUACAUACAGGACCAGUCAACAGAUACUGGAAGCAAGGAGUGAAACUUCUCAGUCGACCGUUAGAUGUUGAGGCUGGAUCUUCUAUAGAGAUUGAGGCAUCCUUUGACGCUUCUUCUGGUGAGCUAACGCUGGAGCCCUAUUUUCCUCCUUGAUAUGUACUGAGUUUGAUUCCUUGGGCCUUUUGUUUGGAUUUAAGGAAAAUAGAAUAAAUGAAAUUAAGUGCAAAUGAUUUGUGGGUUGAUUAAGUAGCCACAGUGUGAACUCUUUCAACCGCCUAUUUUUUGCUUUUCAAGCAAAUUUGUCAUCCAAACAUGGCAUAGAGUUUCUGUUCAAGAGCGUUCUUCGUUAUUUAUGUAAGCAAUUCUUUAAACAAGUUGCAUAUGCUAAUGGGAUCCACUUGUCAACUCA